CCCACGGCCUACGCCGCGUCGCGAGCGCUCGACAUCGCGUCCGCCUUCCGUCUGUUUGUCACACCGGCGAUAGAAAGGAUCAUCGUGGACAUGACGAAUCUGCAGGGGGUGAGAAAAUACGGCGACGGCUGGCGACCCAUGGACUCCACCGACCUGCGCGCCUACGUAGGGCUGCUGAUCCUAGCCGGCGUCUACAGGUCCCGAGGCGAGGCCGCGGCCAGCCUGUGGGACGCCGAGAGCGGCAGGACCGUGUUCCGCGCCACCAUGCCGCUCAAGGCGUUUCACAAGUACUCGAGGCUGCUGCGAUUCGACGACCGCCAGUCGAGACCCGCGAGACUCGCCACCGACAGACUGGCGGCCGUGAGAGAGGUGUGGGACCUGUGGGAGGAGCGGCUGCAGGCCCUCUACAACCCGGGGCCCGAAGUGACGGUGGACGAACAACUGGUCCCGUUCAGAGGACGCUGUCCUUUCCGACAGUACAUUCCCAGCAAGCCGGCCAAAUACGGCAUCAAGUCGUGGGUGGCCUGCGACGCCAAGUCCAGCUACGCUUGGAAGAUGCAAGUGUACACCGGCAAGGCGGCCGGCGGAGGCCCCGAGAAGAACCAGGGCGCGCGCGUCGUCCUCGAUCUGACCGAGGGACUGCCGGGCGGUCACAACGUCACGUGUGACAAUUUCUUCACCUCCUACGAACUCGGGCAGCGGCUCCUCGAGAGGAACCUCACCAUGGUGGGCACGGUGCGAAAGAACAAGCCCGAGCUCCCUCCCGCGCUGCUCCAGUCCAAGGACAGACAGGUCUCGUCCUCCAGGUUCGCCUUCACGCCCACCGCCACUCUAGUGUCCUACCUGGCAAAGAGAAAUAAGAACGUGCUGCUUCUGAGCACGCGGCACGCGGAGCCCGACGUUAGCGAUCGCCGAGACCGGAAGCCGGCCCUCAUCCUAGACUACAACUGCAACAAGGGCGGCGUGGACAACCUAGACAAGGUGGUCGGCACCUACAGCUGCAGACGGAUGACCGCCCGCUGGCCCCUGGUCAUCUUCCACAACAUCCUCGACGUGUCCUCCUACAACGCCUUUGUCAUAUGGCGAGAGAUCAACCCCGACUGGAUGCCCGGGAAGCGGAACAAGAGGAGGGUGUUCCUGGAGCAGCUCGGAAAGGCGCUCGUGAAGCCCUUGAUCCAAAGAAGGCAGCGUCUCCCCCGCACCGAAGCCGCCUCAGCACUUGUCAAAGUC